UACACCCGCUUCAAGCCUGUACAUAUGCGCGCUUGUAUUGGCUUGUGCAAUUAACAGUUUGCAGCUAAUUUCUUAACCAAAAACUUUAUUGGGUCGCUUAAACCCAUUUUUGGCCGGUAUUUGAAAUUUACAAUGCUUAAGCGAAGAAAAGUUUGAGGAUCCAUCAGUGCGCCGUCGGAGUUCAAGAUCAUCGAAUGGACACAUAAAUCCCUAGCUAUUGGAAAUAAAAAAUAAAAUGGCGGAGGCUCGCUUGCGCAGAAACAUAAGUCGUCAAACGCCCAUGAUCGCACUGAAUGAUCGUCCUUUAUUCAUGCAAAAUGGUAGCAACAACAAUCGGCGCAUUUCCGGUGUGAUCGAUGUGGAAGUGAGCAACUUUCGACGGGCCCUGCCACAGUUUCUAGCUGUUAGUAUUAAGAACAUAUUGCUAUUCGGCUAUGGCAUGACUCUGGGAUUUCCCACAAUUGUUAUACCAGCCAUACAGGGCGGCGAGGGGCGAAGCGAGGAUCAUAGCAGUGAUAUAGUGCUUAACAAAGAGGAAAUAUCAUGGUUCAGUUCCAUUAAUUUAAUUUGUGUGCCGCUGGGUUGUCUCUUCUCGGGCUUGUUAACACAGCCUCUGGGCAAGCGCAGAGCUAUGCAGUUUGUCAACCUGCCCAUACUGGCUGCCUGGCUUUUGUUUCACUUUGCCACGCGCACGGAGCAUCUGUAUGCGGCGUUAUGCUUGGCUGGUCUCGGCGGCGGCCUGAUGGAAGCACCAGUGCUGACAUAUGUGGCUGAGAUUACGGAGCCGAAGUAUCGAGGUAUUUUGUCAGCGCUGGGCACCACAUGCGUCAUCACGGGCGUCUUUGUGCAAUUCAUACUUGGCUCCCUGAUGGACUGGCGGAGCGUGGCGGCGGUGAGUUCCGCUUUUCCAGUGAUUACAAUUUUUAUGCUGUGCUUUGUGCCCGAAAGUCCCAUCUGGUUGAUACGGGAGCAGCGAUUCCGCGAGGCAGUCAAAUCCCUGCAAUGGCUACGCGGCUGGGUGCCGGAGCAUCAAGUUGAGGCGGAAUUUAAUCAGCUGUACGAUGAGCUAAUCACACAGAAAGCCAUCGAGGAGGCUGCCGAGGGUGGCGGCGCAGGGCCAGGCCAACGUCGCACACUGAAGAGACGUCUGCGCAUGUGGCGAAAGCGCACAUUCCUCGCGCCUUUCCUGCUCGUCUCGUUCACCUUCUUUACGGGUCACUUUUCCGGGAAAACGCCUCUACAGACAUAUGCCGUGCAGAUCUUUCAUACGCUGAAAGCACCCAUGAAUAAAUAUCAUGCCACAAUCCUGUUAGGCGUCGCCGAGAUGCUGUCCACCAUACUGGGCGUAAUUCUGAUACAUUUUACGGGCAAACGGCCGCUGGUGCUUGUCUCGACAGUGGGCACAGGCUUGUGCUUCUUUGGCACAGCGACCUAUGCGUACUUCCUCAACGAUGUUCCCGGAUUUGCAGUAAACAAUGUCGUGGUUAAUGCCUCAGCGAUUGUGCCCAAAGAGAGCAUCAUUUCGCAAGCGAAUAUAUCGAGAAUAUUCGAGAAUCAAUAUCAGGAUGAGCAGCUGCAGCAGCAGCAAUUGACUACCUUGCUGCCAGAGCUGGAGCAGGACACGACCACGAUGGCAAUAUUUGACACAACGAUGGAUAUAUGGAAUCGUAGCAAACGGGAGCUGGAUACAACCUUAAGUCCAGAAGAGGUGCAGGAAUUUGAGGCCACCACGCUGCUCCCUGAAGCAGCUGUUUUCCCUGUUGGCGUCAGUAUCGGUGCGACGCCAUCAAAACCACCCAUUGCAGAGGAUCUGCUGCUGACUGUACCCAAACAGGAGCACAACUAUUUGGUUUGGGUGCCGCUCAUUCUAUUGCUACUUUCCGCCUUCUUUUCACAUCUGGGCAUACGUAUGAUACCCUGGGUACUCAUUGGCGAAGUCUUCCCCGCAGAUAUACGCAACAGUGCGUCCGGAUUUGCAGGCGGCGUGGGCUACGUUUUCGGCUUUCUGGCCAAUAAGCUCUUCCUGGUCAUGCUCAGUGCACUGACGUUACCGGGCACGUUUGCGUUUUAUGCCACUGUUGCUUUCAUUGGCACCGUUGUGCUCUAUUACACACUACCGGAGACUGAGGGACGCACACUGGCCGAAAUUGAGGCACAUUUCUCCAAGAAAUCCGACAUGAAUCUGCUGCGCAAGCAGCCGCCACAGACGGCAAGCGAAAAACAACCAAAUCAAUCCAUGAACCCAACAAAUGCCAUACAACUGGACAACUUACAGAACCUGCAUGUGCCGAUCAGCCCGCAGCAGCAGGCAAAGAUUAUUCAUUUGCAGCAGAGUGACUUUACGCCACGGACCACGCUGGAACGGUCAGGCAGUUCACUUGGAGGCGCCACCAAUCUUGCCUUUGAGGAGAGCAGUAAUACCACGCAUCUCUGAGCUCGAUAGAUACAUUUUUGUUAUGUUUUUAGACAGUCCAGUGAUAUUUGUAAAGCAAUAAAAAUACCAUUUUUAGUUCUA